GUGGCUUAGGGAUGGGGGGUUAUCAACUCUCCUCCGGGGGUCGGCAUUUUGUUUUCUUUUGGCGCGUUCGGUAUGGCGGCGAGGCAUAAGGCGGAGGCGGAGGUAGAAGAAAUAAUGCUGGAGGAGCUGAUGGAGAGGACUUUCUUUGAUGACCCGCCUUUGCUGGAGAGCUGUAAUUUAAGGUUUCCAAAGAGAAUCGUUGGCUUCUCAGAUACAGUACUUGGCAGGGGUUUGAACAACAGAUACUGUGUUUUACGGGUCCAAGAAAAUGGCAAUCUUGAGAAAUGUCUCACAAUCACGGCUUCUUCGCUUGAGGAUACUGAGCUGUGCAUCUUAAAGCAUGACUGGAUUUCUGUUCCAGUACAUCCUGGGGACAUCAUUCAUCUAGAAGGAGAGUGCAACUCUGGUGUCUGGAUAAUAGAUGCCGACAAAGGAUACUUAAUUCUGUAUCCAGAUCUACUGGUUUCUGGCACUACUGUAUCAAAUAGCAUUCGGUGUAUGAGGAAAGCUUUACUGAGUGAAAAGUUCAGGAGACGUGAUCCUGGUUCACAUCCAAUGCUAAUAGGCACAAUCCUUCAUGAAAUUUUCCAGAAAGCAGGAACAAAUUUUACACAAGAGAAACUGCAAGACAUCGCCUUCUCUGUAGUUCAUGGACCAAAGUAUCUAAAAGAGCUGUACCAGUUAAAUCUGAAACAGAAUGAUAUAAUGCAAGAGAUAGAAGAGUAUUUCCCCUCUUUUAUUAAAUGGGCAGAAGAAUUCAUAUACAAACAAGCCCAUGUUGGCCAACAUAACAUGCAACUUAAAUGGCCAAGAGAUAAUGAAGAUGACUCUUUUUGCACUGUGAAAGUUACAGAAAUCCUGGAUGUUGAGGAGAACAUCUGGUGUCCCAGGUUUGGCUUAAAGGGCAAGAUUGAUGUUACAGCUGGUGUAACAAUUAACCGCAGAUCUAGAACUCAAUCCAAGAUAAUGCCGCUGGAGCUUAAAAGUGGCAAAGAAUCUAACUCUAUAGAGCACAGAAGUCAGGUAGUUUUGUACUCACUGUUGUGCCAAGGGAGGCGAGUUGAUCCUGAAGCUGGAUUUCUCCUUUAUCUUAAAACUGGGAAUAUGUUUCCUGUACCUGGAAAUCGUAUGGAUAGAAGAGAACUGAUCAAACUAAGAAAUGAGCUGGCCUUCUAUUUGCUUCAUACCACAUGCAAAUCUGAUAUAGGCAAGGAGUUGACGCAGCUUGCAUCUUUGCCUCCUUUGAUUACUGAUAGUCAAGCAUGCAGCUAUUGCUCUCAAAAGGUGAACUGUGCACUUUAUAGCAGGGCUGUAGAACAGCAACAAGGUAGCUUAAUUCCUCCAGAUGUAGUUGCUGCUGUGGAAAAUGAGACCCAGCAUCUGAAACCCUCGCACCUGGCGUAUUUCCACCUCUGGUAUCUGAUGCUAACCUUGGAGUCGCAACAUAAAGAUGGAAAAAAGGGGUUUAGAAACAUAUGGAUGAUAUCUGCUGCAGAAAGAGAGAAACAUGGAGAUUGCAUUGGAAAUAUGAUCAGGAUGGAAUGUGUACAGGAGGUUUCUGAUGGACUGUAUUUACACUGGUUCCAGCGUACAAAUGAUUCUAUGCCUGUAACAACUCUGAUGGUAGGAGACAGAGUUGUUGUAAGUGGUGAAGACAGCACUUUGCUUGGCUUGUCAACUGGCUAUGUUCAAGAGGUCAACAGGUCCAAAAUCUCCUGCUUACUGGAUAGGAACUUGUCACAUCUCCCAAAGGACACUAUAUUUAGGCUAGAUCAUGAAGAAGGAGACUUUGGCAUAGAUGCUCCUUUAGGAAACCUUUCUAAAUUAAUGCAAAAUUCUCCUGCCGGUGAAAGGCUUCGUAAUUUAAUAAUAGACUUUCAGAAACCACAGUUCAUUCGACAUUUGAGCUCUGUCCUUCCUUCAGAAGCAAAGGAAACUGUUGCAAACAUUCUGAAAGGCCUGAAUAAACCUCAGAAACAAGCAAUGAAACAAGUGCUUCUUUCAAAGGAUUACACACUUGUUGUUGGCAUGCCUGGAACAGGAAAGACCACCACAAUAUGUGCACUGGUCCGAAUUCUUUAUGCUUGUGGCUUCAGUGUUCUCUUAACUAGCUUUACUCACACUGCAGUUGACAACAUCCUUCUGAAGCUAGCAAAGUUCAAAGUAGGUUUUUUGCGAUUGGGUAGACCUCAGAAAGUUCAUCCAGCCAUACAGAAGUUUACAGAAGAAGAAAUCUGCAGAUCCGAAUGUAUUAAAACUGUAGCUGACUUGGAGGAGCUGUAUAAUAGUCAACCAGUAGUUGCAACAACAUGCAUGGGAAUAAACCAUCCAAUUUUCACUCGUAAACGAUUUGACUUCUGCAUAGUGGAUGAGGCUUCUCAAAUUAGCCAGCCAGUCUGCCUAGGUCCACUUUUCUAUUCACUUAGAUUUGUGCUAGUGGGGGACCAUCAGCAGUUACCUCCCCUUGUUCAAAAUGCAGAAGCAAGAGAUCUUGGCAUGGGUGAAAGUUUAUUUAAGAGAUUGGAACAAAACAAGAAUGCUGUUGUGCAGCUGACUGUACAGUACCGAAUGAAUAGUAAAAUUAUGUCACUGAGUAACAAGCUGGUAUAUGAUGGCAAGCUGGAAUGCGGCUCUGAGAGAGUGUCCCAAGCUGUAGUUGAUCUGCCAAAUUUAAAAGAAUUGAAACUGGAGCGGCAGUAUUCGGAAACAUGGAUAAAGGAAACACUUGAUCCAAACAACCCUGUUUGUUUCCUUAACACAGAGAAGGUUCCAGCACCAGAACAUACAGAAAAAGGUGGUGUAAGCAACAUGACAGAAGCCAGAUUAGUACUCUUCCUGACAUCUAUGUUUAUCAAGGCUGGUUGCAGAGCCUCAAAUAUUGGGGUCAUAUCACCAUACAGACAUCAGUUAAAGAUAAUCACUGACUUGAUGACAAGUUCAUGUAUUAAAAAUGUAGAAGUAAAUACAGUAGACAAGUACCAAGGAAGAGACAAAGGUAUCAUCAUAGUUUCCUUUGUAAGGAACAAUCCUGAUGGAAACCUUGGAGAACUCCUGAAGGACUGGAGACGUCUUAAUGUUGCUGUUACAAGAGCAAAACAUAAAUUAAUCAUGCUGGGUUGUGUGCCAUCCCUAUGCCACUAUCCUCCUCUGAAGAAGUUGCUUUGUCAUUUGGAGACGGAAGCAAUGAUUUUAAGUCUUCCAUUAGGGGCCUAUGAAAGUGCAUGUCGUUGUAACCUCCUAUGACAAGGGGACAUCAAGAUUUUAAAUAACUUAUUCAGCUCCAGUGAACAAUUUAUGCACAUGCAAUCUUGAGAACUUUGAAUUCCAUGAGCAUGUGGAGGGAACUUCAGAACAUAAUUACCUCUGUUUAUCUUGAUGGAACUCCAGAGUGGCUGGUCUUGCUGUCUAUAUAUGAAAGAGAUAAAAUUUUCUUGGAGGCAGAUACUACAAACUGAGUGUUACUCUUUCGCCUGUUAUCUGCCUUUAACCUGUCAUCACCUCUAGAGCCAUUAAAAUGUUUACUGAUCAAGGUUCCUAUCUUAUUAAACAUGAUAUAUGAAUGCCAAAUUCUAGGAAAGUUUUCUUAAUAGACUUCCCUGGUUUUUUUUUAAUGGUACAACAAAACCCUGGAAUUUGUGAUGACAAUCUGAUUGCAUUCCUUUUCCAUGCUGAUUUAUCCUCAUAACUUGAUUUUACAUGUAACUCUAUUAAGAUUGACUAGAUUUAAUUAAGAAUUUUUGAAAUUGUUGGUAAAGCUAUAACUUAUUUGUUUGGGAGACAAAAUUGCAAAUGAAUUUAACUUUAUAUCCUGAUGCCAUCUUAAUUUAAUACAAUGUAGUUUCACUUUUCUAUAUUUUAGAAGUAUUUCAUAAAAAGUACUUUAAAUGACAACUACCUCUAUAUUUUCUUACUAAUUUGGAAAUGGAUUUGUACAUGUUGUUGGAACUGUUAAUUUCUGUAGCUGAUAACUCCAUUUAAAGACUGAAAUUCCUUACUGUAUAAUGUACGUUUGUAUCUUAUGAUGUGUGUACUGAGUCCUUAAAUUUUCACUUGUUUUUGUAAUGUAUAUAAUAAAAUUAACUUGAAAUACA